AUCAAUUCGAUUUCCACUUACAAUAUGCUCUAUUAAAUUGUGAAAUUCUUCCAGACACCGCUAUACCAGAAACUGCCCUUAUAGCAGCGACUCCACUAAGCCCUCCCUGUCCAGUGUACAAACCUCCUCAGACACGGAGCCAACUCUUGCUUCUUGAAGCUCUCUCCUCCCAUCGCAGCGUUUCCGCGACGCACUUUUAUCACGGCUCUUCUUUUCUUCGUUUGCUCCUUUUCUACUUCGUACCUUCUUUACGCUCUUUUGUAACCUUUUCUUACUCCUCUUUUCUUCUUCUACUCUUGUACUCUUCUUCUUGAAGUCGACGACACACAAUGUCGGCGCAGGGCGCACAAGGCUCCCUUCGCCAGCGAAAUGUUGGCAAGAAGAGCGGCUCACCUGGCCCGGUCAUCACGGAUAAUGAGGUCGACAAGCUUGCCAAGGCUGCUGCUCAGAAGAAGCAGGGCGCGGGCCGUGAGCUCGACCACAAGUUGGCCUUGUCCUUUGUCACCGUUCUAGCUUUCUUUACGCGAUUCUGGGGCAUCAGCCACCCCAAUGAAGUCGUCUUCGAUGAAGUCCACUUCGGAAAGUUUGCAUCAUACUACCUCGAGCGAACCUACUUCUUCGACGUCCACCCCCCUUUCGCCAAGCUUCUCUUCGCCUUUGUCGGAUGGCUUGUCGGUUACGAUGGAAACUUUCACUUCGAAAACAUUGGCGAUUCCUACAUUGCGAACAAGGUCCCCUAUGUUGCGUACCGAGCGUUGCCCGCCUUCUUGGGUGCAUUGACUGUUUCGGUCACCUACUUGAUCAUGUGGGAGUCUGGCUACAGUGUCCCCGCUGCUCUCAUCGCCUCCGGUCUGAUCCUGCUCGACAACGCCCACAUUGGCCAGACUCGCCUGAUUCUUCUUGAUGCUACCUUGGUCUUGGCCAUGGCCUGCAGUUUGCUCUUCUACAUCAAGUUCUACAAGCGCCGCCACGAGCCUUUCAGCCGUAAGUGGUGGAAGUGGCUCGUUCUUACUGGUUUCGCUCUUUCUUGUGACAUUUCCACCAAGUAUGUUGGUCUCUUUGCCUUUGUCACCAUUGGCUCUGCUGUCAUCAUUGAUCUGUGGGAUCUUUUGGAUAUUAAGCGCCCUGGAGGUGCUCUUAGCCUGUCGCUCUUUGCAAAGCAUUUUGCGGCUCGUGCAUUUGGUCUCAUCAUUUUGCCCUUCAUCUUCUACCUUUUCUGGUUCCAGGUUCACUUCGCGGUUCUCAGCCGAUCUGGCCCUGGCGAUGAGUUCAUGACUCCAGAAUUCCAGGAGACACUCAGCGACAAUGUCAUGCUUGCCAACUCGAUCGACAUCAACUACUACGAUACCAUUACUAUUCGCCACAAGGAAACCAGAACAUACUUGCACAGCCAUACCGACCGUUACCCUCUCCGCUACGAUGACGGCCGUGUUUCCAGUCAAGGCCAGCAGGUUACCGGCUACCCCUUCAACGACACCAACAACUACUGGCAGAUUCUCCCUGUGGACAACAAUGGCGAGACUGGUCGUCCUGUUAUGAACAACGCUGUUGUACGCCUUAAGCACACCGUCACUGAUACGGUUCUACUUUCUCACGAUGUUGCCUCUCCUUACUACCCGACCAACCAGGAAUUCACCACUGUUUCCCAAGAGGAGGCCUUUGGCGCCCGUGAGAACGACACGCUCUUUGAGAUCCGCAUUGAGCAUGGCAAGGAGAACCAGAACUUCAAGACCGUCGCUGCACACUUCAAGCUCAUUCACUUCCCUAGCAAGGUUGCCAUGUGGACUCAUACCAAGCCUCUCCCGGACUGGGGUCACAAGCAGCAGGAGAUCAACGGCAACAAGCAAAUUGCCCCUAGCUCCAAUGUUUGGAUUGCUGAAGACAUCACCUCGCUUCCUGCUGAAGAUGUUCGCCGCGAAAAGGAGGAGAAGAAGGUCAAGCAUGUUCCUUUCCUCAAAAAGUGGCUCGAACUCCAGAGCUCCAUGUUCUACCACAACAACAAGCUUACCAGCAGCCAUCCGUAUGCCAGCCAGCCUUACCAGUGGCCAUUCCUCCUUAGUGGUGUCAGCUUCUGGACGAACAACGACAGCCGCCAGCAGAUUUACUUUGUCGGUAACCCUGCUGGCUGGUGGUUCGCCAGCGCUCUUAUUGCCGUCUUUGUUGGCCUGAUUGCUGCGGAUCAGGUCUCUCUCCGUCGUGAUGUCGAUGCUCUCUCUCACCGUAAGUGCCACUAUUUCAAUGUUUUGUAUUGUGAUUCUAACGUUAUCAGGUACCCGCUCGCGCCUUUAUAACUCGACUGGCUUCUUUUGGCUUGCUUGGGCCACGCAUUAUUUCCCCUUCUUCCUCAUGGGCCGUCAGCUUUUCCUCCACCACUACCUCCCUGCUCACCUUGCGUCAUGCCUGGUUGCAGGCGCUCUGGUUGAGUUUGUGUGCACCUCUGAUGGCGAGGAGGAGAAGACAAGUCCCAAGGAGCACGUCACGGCCGCCAAGCGCUUCGCCGGCCAGAGCCUCUUGGUUUGCUGGGCCACCGCUGGAGUCAUCCUCAUUCUUGUUGCUGCCAACUGCUACUUCUUCCUGCCUCUUACAUACGGCUACCCUGGCCUUUCUGUUGCGGAAGUCAAUGCCCGCAAGUGGCUUGGCUAUGACCUGCACUUUGCCAAAUAAGCGCUGAUAUCCCCCCAUUGGAGGACUAGUACCAGCGCUCAGGCUAGAUGGAUGAUGACUAAAUAUUAUUGGUCUUUUUUUGCCAGACGUGGAAAAACAAUAAUUAAAAUAGACAAUGACAUGCUCUCCCAUAUAAAUCUCUACUUUUUUUAGCAUGUGGUUUAGGACCCUGGGUUACGUUAAAAGAUGGGGGGCUAUCUAUCCGUCAAUCGGGGUGUAAGGUUAGGACAGAUUUGCCAGAUAACGACAGAUGACGUAGAGUAACGUUGGUUCGGAUGAACUGUGUUAAUUUAAACCGCAAAAUUUAAAACAUAAUACUUUCUACUACACC